CUCACAGCCGAUUCAAUUCCCCUCUUCAAUUCUCUCCCCCCUUUUUUAACUAUUUCUUGUUUUUAAAAGGCUUAAACUUUUGACUCCGUUUAAUAGCCUCAUAAGAAACUCAUACGAACCCAAACGCCAAUGUCCCCAUCACUCUCAAAGGAAAAAAAAAAAAAAACCAGGUAAAAGAUGACUUUUAUUUUGUUUAGGGAUUUCUAGAAACACGGAUUGAAUAAGAGGCCUCAAAAGGCUCUCUCUUAUUGAUUCAAAGAAGUCCAGGUUGCCCAUUUUGAUCAAUCGAUCGAUAAAGGUAGGAGCUUUUUGUGUUUUUUUAUUUUUUUAUUUUUUUGGUGUAGAUCUCUUCGGAGGGAGAGGUGGGUAUUUGAUCAGAAGAAAAAGGUGGGAGCUUUUUGUGUGUUUUGUGUUGAUUUGUUGAAGUGGGGAAGUGGGUAUUUGAUCAAACAUUAGGAGAUUGUGGAAUCAAACCAAAGCAGAGCCACAACCCAGAAUUGUUUGUUUCUCCUCUCCCCGGUUGAAAAGGUGGGAGCUUUUUGUGUGUUUUGUGUAGAUUUGUUCAAGGGGGUUGGGGGGAGUGGGUGUUGAGGGAAUGGAGGGUGGGAUCUCGUUUUGGCAAGCGCUGAGCCUCUCGGCGAUCGUUGGAUGGGUGGGCGCUUCCGCUUCUUUCGAUCUCACGCGGCGGUUCAGAGCCCUCACGCAGCCGUGGGUCACCCGCCGCGUCGUCGCCGACACCCCUUCGAUCCUCCGACUCCAGAGAUGUCACCAUAGGUACUUGGACAACAUGUUCUCUGUGUUGUCUUGUGUUGUCUCAGUGCCCUUCUACACAGGGUUCCUCCCUCUUCUGUUUUGGAGUGGGCAUAGCAAAUUGGCUAGACAGAUGACCUUGUUGAUGGCCUUUUGUGAUUACACCGGGAACUCCGUCAAGGAUGUCAUAUCGGCGCCCCGGCCGAGUUGUCCUCCGGUGAGAAGGGUGACCGCUACAAAAGACGAGAAAGAGAAUGCUACGGAAUACGGGUUGCCUUCUUCGCAUGCUCUCAACACCGUUUGCCUCUCGGGAUAUCUCUUGCAUUAUAUUCUAACAAAUAGCCCUCAAAACGAUACCGUCGCUGUUGUUGCCGGGUUCUCUCUAGUUUUCUUGCUCGUUAUCCUCAUUGGCAUCGGAAGGAUAUAUUUGGGCAUGCAUAGCUUGAUCGAUGUUGCGGCGGGAAUUGUUUUUGGGCUUGUCAUCCUCGCCUUUUGGCUUGCUGUCCAUGAUUAUGUAGAUAACUUCAUCAUAUCCGGGCAAAAUGUUACUUCCUUCUGGGCAAGUCUAUCUUUCCUGUUGUGCUUCGCAUAUCCUACUCCAGAAUUCCGGACUCCGAGCUUCGAGUACCACACUGCAUUUAAUGGUGUUGCAUUUGGAAUAGUCAGUGGGAUUCAACAAACUUACCUCCAUUUCCACCACGAGGGUGUCCCCCACAUCUUCACACCCGAACUAACGUUUCCAGUUUUUAUCGCAAGGGUUCUUGUCGGCAUCCCGACAAUACUAAUCGUCAAGUUCUGCAGCAAGGCAAUAGCAAAAUGGUUGCUCCCAGUGAUGUGCAAUACUUUGGGCAUCCCCAUAGUAUCUUCGUGCUACAUUCCCGCACUUAAAGUCUCCGAUAACGGCAAGAACAAGUCCGAGUUCAAGCAGGCGGGCUAUCUCCAAAAAGUCGUGUCCUUCUUACCUCAAAAGGCGUAUGACGUCGAUACCGGUAUACGGUUCCUACAGUAUGCGGGCCUCGCGUGGUCGGUGGUCGACUUGGUUCCUUCCCUCUUCUCUCAUUUAAACUUGUAGCGAGUACGUGCGUGAACGAUCAAUCCGCACUAUACUCUUCUAUUGCCUAUCUUUUACUUCACAAUUUUGUGGUCGAUCGAUUGGUCUCAUGAGGUUGUGGAUGAUAUCGAUUUUGUAUCAUAUUGUUUCUCUUCAAUGUAAAAAUCGUCUCUUGAAAUUAAAAGCCUUGCAGCAAUCACUGUGUAAGCA